AGCUGACUGCAGCAUGUGAUCUGGAGGAGAGGAGGACGGACAGCAGCUCGGCCUUUCAGUCGGUUUAUUUAGACAUCGUCGCUGCGCUGAACGGUGAUGGCUGGACGGGGUAAACUGAUCGCCGUGAUAGGAGACGAGGACACCUGCACCGGGUUUCUGCUCGGGGGGAUCGGGGAGCUGAACAAAAACCGCAAACCCAACUUCUUAGUGGUGGAGAAGGACACCAGCAUCACGGAGAUCGAGGAGACCUUCAAGAGUUUCCUGGCUCGCAGUGACAUCGGGAUCAUCCUCAUCAACCAGUUCAUCGCAGAGAUGAUCCGCCAUGCCAUAGAUGCCCAUAUGCAGUCCAUCCCUGCCGUGUUGGAAAUCCCCUCGAAAGAGCACCCAUACGACGCUUCCAAAGACUCCAUCCUGCGCAGGGCUAAGGGCAUGUUCUCCGCAGAAGAUUUCCGAUAAGACAGACCCCCGGUGGGAUCAUGGCCUAGUCAGGAGAGAGGAUGGGAGAGGGAGCAUUGGGGAUGCACUGGCUGUUAAUGGGAACUAGGUUAAGAGCAGCUAAGAAUCUGUUGGUACUUGUCAGGUCGCUCUCCCAUGCCUUGCCUGAGCUAGGCUGAAUCUAGAACGCUCCUGUCAGUGUAUAUUGUUAAUGUGUGUGUUUUUUCCUGUCUCUCUCUCUCUCUCUGUGUUGUGUUUGAAGAUCAGAAAUAUGAAAUACGUUUACUGGUGCUCAGUGAUGUAAUUGCUGUUGUGUUUUUUAAGGCACAUAAAGACGUUUUUUUUUUUCUUUUUUUUUUCUUUGAUUCACUUAAAUAUAAGUUAUAUAACUAUAUAAUCCAUCCAGCUUUAAGUAAACAUAGGUGGUUUAUGCAGUCAUAACAUUCCUUAUCAUUAAUUCUAACAUACCAUAGAGUUUAACUAGAUUUCAGUCACAUUUGUGUAAUAAAAUGAUUCAGAUGCUACUUGUUUUAACAAAUGUGUUAACUUAUUUGUUGAGAACUGUAAGGAACGGUCAUGUUCAUUAAAGAGGAGAUAUCAGACCGGC